UGGGUGAGAUCAGUGAGAUGGAAGCCGUCUUGGAUUUUCAGUUUCCAGUCUUAAUUUUUCUUUGUUAGUCUGGUUUUUCGAUGGUAAUUUCUCGUAAUUCUCUUCCACUCGUCGCUUCUUUGAAAAUCCAAUGUCGGUCCUUUUUAAAGAUCCUUCCACCACGGAGUUCCUUCAGCAAGAACAUUCGGCGAUGGGUCUCGACUUUGACAGAUUUCUAAAUUGGAUCCAGGAGCCUCCAGACUGCAGCACUUUUCGUGUAAAUUCUUUGAAGUACUCAAAAGAGGAAGCCCAAGGCAUAAUUGAGAAGAGUUUGGACGAGGUUGCAGAUCAAAACGGCUUCACAGGUCGACCCGCCGUUCAAAGCUGUUCCCUCGUAGAUGACGUCUUUAUUAUUGGAAGCUGGAAUCGUGUACCUAAUUUUGUGGAAAAACCGACCGGCGAGAAAAUUAGCAAAGCAGAUGAAGAAGUCGUUGUUGACGCAUCAUGUGGAGCUGCGAUACUUCGAGGCGCCCACUUAUUUGCCCCUGGCGUUUUGUCCAUGUCAAGAGGUAUGGAAGUAGGUCAAAAAGUUUCGGUUUUUGCUGAUUUGGACGGCAAAUGUCUGCAAGGAUCAACUUCUUACCAGGGUAGGAAGAAGCUUGUUGGCAAGGGAUUAGUAGAACUUGCUCGAGACGCCUUAUUCAACGACUCAUCAGAUCGAGCAAAAGGUGUUGCUGUGAGAAUAAAAUGGACUCCGCAGGGAAUUUUAACAUUUAAUUUUCCCUCGGCUUUGGGCCAGCUGCAAAAUUUGCCUUCGUCUGCUGCUUCUUGGGAAUUGAACCCUCGGCCAGGAGACUCAGUCCUGGACAUGUGCGCUUCUCCUGGCAAUAAAACCUCUCACUUGGCUGCUUUAAUGCAAAAUGAGGGAACGUUAAUUGCAAUUGAUCGAACUGAAAAGAAAUGUGACCUGGUGAGGCAAACCUGUGAAAAGUUUGGUGCUAAGAGUUUGGUUUUUUGUUACGACUCAACAAAGGCCUGUCAGGACAACGUGGAAAGGGUUAUUGAGGAAGGACCACCUUUUUCCCAAAACAGUUUUGACAAAAUUCUUUUGGAUGCGCCGUGCAGUGCCCUGGGGCAGAGGCCGCAGCUUUUAAACAAAAUCAGUGCCGGGCAAAUCAAGUCAAAUCCUCUUCUACAGAAAAGACUUUUCCGAACAGCUGUAAAUCUACUCAAACCAGGUGGCGAGUUGGUCUACUGCACAUGCUCGACAACUUUUGAUGAAAACGAGGGUCUGAUCAACUGGGCCAUGCAAGAAUUCCAAAAUAUUUUGGUUUUGCAAAGCCCGAGGAAAAGAGUAACCCAAGUCAUUCCUUUGAAGAAUGUGCCAGAGGAAAUUUAUUCCAAGGUUCAACGGUUCGGACCACCUACGGACAACGCUGAAGAAUGCAGUGAUUCCAUCGGAUUUUUUAUUUCAAGAUUUAAAAAGGUCUGACAAGAAUUUUUUUUUAUUAAAAUGGUUUUUUUGAACACUGAAUUUUACACUUUUUUUUUUAUAAACGUCACUACUUCCUCUUGUCGACACAGAGGAAGUGAAAACGGCCAUGUUUGUUGCGACAACCUUGGCUGGAUUUUGAAUUUUCCAGUAGUUGGAAGUUGUAUCCGCUUGUGCAAGGUUCAUAAACCUAGUAUGGCUCUCAGAGAACUAUUUCUUUUUGCGCUUUUUACCGUGGUGAUGACCAUGAAUUGGGGCACAGUGCAAUCUUUUAACUGCGACGACUGUCCACCUCGUCCACCUGCGGACUGUUUUGCAUGCCCACCACGUCCUAAUGGUUGCGAGGAUUGUCCUGAUGUGCCCGCAGAAUCGUCUCCGGACAAUGAAAAGGCCUCUAAAGGCUCCAGCAAAUUUGCUGAGAAAUAAAAAAUGAUUUCAAAUUGCAAUUUGGAGUUUUUAACUAAAAUAAAAUCAAUUUGGUUUAA